UUUAAGCUACUGUGAACAUGUUAAUUUAUCAAACCUGUUGUGUUAUAAAAUAUAUUCAUAAAAACAUAUAUUUUACAUACUGUAGGUUAGAUCAAGUUCAUCUUAUAGCACCGUGUAUUUUGCCAUUUUGACUUAAUUUGAAUUAUAAGGUUCAAAUGAAGGUUCCACAUCAUUGUCAAUAAAACAUUGUGAACAGAUGCAUGGCAAAUGAGAAUUGGCUCUUAACUGCGAUUAUAUAAAACAUGAUUGGUAUUGACUUUUAUGUAUCAGUAUUUGGCUUCGUGCAAUACGAAACAAGCACCAAUCAAAUCAACCACACGCAAUUUUUUUAACUUCAGAAAUGUUAUAUUAGGCAACUAAAAUAAAUGUUUAAUUUUUGGUCAUUGCAACAGAGUAAUCACAACAUCAUCAUCCUUCCCUUGCCACAACAUUUCACCCUCAAAGUCAACCAGCUCCUGCUUGCGUGCCCGUAGAAGAAUACCCACUAGUUUGUUUGAGAUUGUCACAUAAUGCUCAAACAGCUUGCCAAAUUUUACAGUGAUCCCUCUACCAUCUCUGUCUUUGUAUCUCUGCUCUCCAAUCUCUCUUAUGACCUCACACAGCUCCUGAACCUCCCUGCUGAUGUGUGUGUAAGCAUCCUCCCCACGUUGUGCCGUCAACGAGCCUUGCAGGGGCCUCCCAUAAUCGUCUUGCCCCCUCUGAGGGACCAUUGCCAUAGGCCUUGUGUCGUGACUGAAGGGGUUGUGCUUCUGGUGUUCCUGGAGAUUGAAGCUCUGCUGGCUCUCAGGGGGAAAAAAAUCAAUCGUGGGGGGAACUUCAAAGAAAAGGCUCCUUUCUGGUGUCUAGAUGAUUUGACAGAGGGAGAUGUCCACAGUAUUAUGGCCAGAUCUGUUUGUGCAAAGUCUGCUUUUGAGCUAUGGGGCCACGGACGGACACAUAGUGAGCUCAGAACAUCUUUACUGAACUACCCAGUGGAGAACAUGUCACCAUUCAUGCACAAAAACUCAACAUACAGAAUAAAUGUUUACACCUUCAACAAAACCCUGGUGUUUGAAGAGAGAAUUAAACGAAUUGAUGCAAUGGAAUACCUUCCCUUUCAGGGUGUAGUAAACCUAAAGAACCCUCAGCACAUCUUCUGUUUGCUGGAAGAUUACGGCACUGACCCCAACAACAUCCCUGAGCAUCCAGAUUACAUCUAUUUUGGCCGAUGGAUAGCAGAUGGUCAACGUGAAUUGAUACGUUCGCACAGCGUGAAGAAUCGACACUUCAUAGGAAACACCAGUAUGGAUGCAUGCCUCUCAUUUAUCAUGGCCAACCAUGCUAAGGUCAAAGAGCACGACCUUGUCUUUGAUCCAUUUGUUGGUACUGGAAGUCUGCUGGUUGCAUGUUCUCAUUUCGGAGCUUACGUGUGUGGAUCGGAUAUUGAUUACAACACUAUCCAUGGCAAAGGGCGAUCAAGCCGUAAAAAUCAGAAAUGGCGUGGACCUGAUGAAAACAUCCGCGCUAACCUGCGACAAUACGGAACAGAGAAGACAUAUGUAGACGUGAUGGUGUCUGACGCAUCCAAGGCUGUGUGGAGGAAGACCCCACUUUUUGAUGCCAUCAUUACCGAUCCUCCCUAUGGUAUACGUGAGUCCACAAGAAGAACGGGCUCCCACAAAGAAACCAUCAAACCUCCGGAUGGCAUCUAUGCCGAGUCACAUGUGGCUGUGUCCCAGUCCUACCACUUAAGUGACAUCUUAGCUGACCUGCUAAACUUUUCUGCUCAUCACUUGGUCAUGGGAGGAAGGUUGGUCUAUUGGCUGCCUGUUCAUCGGCCAGAAUACUGUGAGGAGAUGGUUCCACUUCAUCCAUGUCUGCAGCUCAUUAGCAAUUGUGAGCAAACGCUAUCAAGCCACACAUCCCGCCGCCUGAUCACCAUGGAGAAGAUCAAAGAACCCGAGGAAUUAGACAGCAUGGCACACCUGCCGGACCCUCGUUUCUGCCCCUACCAGGGACACAACGCCUUCAGAGAGAAGUACUUCAGUGGAGUCAACAAGAGGCUCAGCAAGGACAACAAAUCUGAUGCCAAAGGAGAUCCAGUCAUUUGAAAGAAACACCGAUAAAGAAAACAUAAUGAAUUAGACUCCUUGACCAAUUCAUGAAGUACAUCUAUGAUCCAAAAAAGGGCUGUAACAAAUAUUUUACAAACAUAACAUUUCGUAGUUUUCAUCAACACUGUCAGAGAGGUGUACAUUUAAAUAUAUGUGUAAUACAUUGUACUAAGAGUUCUUUUCAUUAUUUUGCUACGCCACUGCAAACUACAACCACCAUCUUGAUAACUGAACAUUAUUAUGUAAAGGCAGAAGUUUUAAUACAGCGAUUGUACUGGAUUACUUCCUAAUGUGGCUGGUGACUGCAUUUAUGUUAUGGCAUUUUUUGCAACACAUUUCAAGUUUUAUUUGUAUUCUUUUCACUAUUUUUUAAAUAAAAGUUUUAGCUUAC